AUGUCAAAAGAUACACCAAAACUAGUUGAACAUGCGUUAACCACCCUAUCAAAGGUGAUUGAAUCAGACACCAACAUAUCAACCGUUGAUUUGAAUCUACUAGAAAAUCUAAACACUAACCAAUCAUUAAACUAUAUCAAAUUGGAAAAUAAUUUGAAUGAUCUUGAAGCAAAUGGUAAACAUUUGGAACUCUUGGAGAAGGAAUUUGAUCAACAUUCGAAAUUAUUGUUUGAUAUAGAGAAGAAAGUGACUAAAAUUGAAGCAAUUAUAAACGAGCUUGAUAGCUGGUCUAAAGAGCUCGAAACGGACUUGAAGAAAUAA